UGAUCUCUACCAUUGCCUUCAGUUCUUCAGUCGAGGAAGUUAGAGAAGACAGCCCUUGGUGGAUUUUCACCCUGAACUCCGUGUGCAUGAUUUUUUCAAUUCUGCCCUGGAAAUAGCAGUGGACGAUCGUCUGUUUUUUUCUUCUGAAAGGGACACGACCCCACGAUGAGUGGACCGACAUAUGACAGGAAGAUAUCCGGUAUUUCAACCGAUCUUUCGGGCUCUAUGAGCUGCCACCCGACUUCUAAAGACUCUCCGACUCUUCCAGAGUCCACGGCUACAGAUAUGGGUUAUUACAGCAGUCAUCACGAAUAUUAUCAGAGUCCUCCGUACCCCCAGCAGAUGAAUUCAUAUCACCAGUUUAAUCUGUCUGGGAUGGGGAGCUCAGCAGGACCUUACCCCACCAAGACAGAGUACCCUUACGGCAAUACUUACAGACAAUACGGACAUUACACCAGAGACCUGCAGACGCCACCCCAAACUGCAGUCAAAGAAGAACCAGAGACGGAGGUUCGGAUGGUAAAUGGAAAACCGAAAAAGAUUCGCAAGCCGCGAACCAUUUACUCAAGUUAUCAGCUCGCCGCGCUGCAGCGCCGCUUCCAGAAGGCACAAUACCUGGCGCUCCCGGAGCGCGCAGAACUCGCCGCACAACUCGGCCUCACACAGACACAGGUCAAAAUCUGGUUCCAGAACCGGAGAUCCAAGUUCAAGAAACUUUACAAAAAUGGCGAGGUUCCCCUGGAGCACAGUCCGAACGCCAGCGACUCCAUGGCCUGCAACUCUCCUCCAUCACCGGCUGUUUGGGACAAUAGCGCGCACUCGAGCCAGGUCAACCGGGGCCAGAUCCCCCAGCCACCCCUCAGUUCUACACCCCCCUACAUGGAAGAUUACAGUAAUCACUGGUAUCCGCAGGGGUCACAUUUACAGCAUCCAGUGCACCACCCGGGACCACCACAGAGCGUGGGGGCCGUGUAUUAACAGACACUGAUGGAAGAGUGGCAAAAAGACAAUACAGACGCCGCAGAAAUACGCUGAGAGAGACUCUGGCAGUACCUGGAGCGAGACAGCACACUUGUGUUGCAACUUUAUUGACUCUUUAACGCAUGUUGAGCGCGUAUCUGUCGAUAAGUUGUGUUAAAUGUUUCAGUGUGUCCCGGCUACUCAGACCUAUUUCAGAUACGCGUAGGUUUGACAAUGUCAAGGAAGUUUGCGUGCUUUUAAAUUAUUUUAUUUCCUUUAUUAUUCAUGUUUGCUUCUUCAUUGAAAGGCGAAUAUUAAAAUGUUUUUAUUAAAGAGCGAGUGAAGCCCAAAUGUUUAGCUGCAGCCCACGCGUCGUGCUACAAAGGUGGGCUGCUGGUGUGGCGCGCGUCACAGACUCAGGAUAUAGGCUAAGUUAUAUAGACUUGUACAAAAUGUUGAAAGCUGUAAAUAUGUGUUUAAAUAAAACAGAACCACUAAAUUCGUGUUCUUUUGAAAGAUAAAGACUGCACGGUGGUGCUAGAAUCCUUUUAUAUUCAUGUAAGUAGUUAUUGUUAUUCUGUCAAAUAAAAAAAUGCGAAUUAAAAGUUGUUUCAC